CAAAACUCUCAUAUCAAAGGCAUAUAAGUUUUACUGUUUUUCUUUUCGAUAUCUUCAAAACAAACAGGCGUUUCAACACAGAUUUCUAAAGAGAAGGCACGGGUCAUCAACUUUCACUAUUAUCCAGAGGAAGAAAAACGCAGAGAGAACAAUUCCGUGACGAUGGCAACCAUCUGGCCUCUUCUUCUCCUCUUCUCAGUAAUUUCCACUGCAGAAGCUCAAGAACCUGAGCAAUCCUUGUUCAGGCCGGGCUCUUUGUUAAUACCUACGGGUACCAACUCUUCAUGGCUAUCACGUUCCGGUCUAUAUGCCUUUGGGUUCUACAAGCUGCAGGACAACGGCUAUGCUGUUGGAAUUUUUAUUGCCGGGAUUCCACAGAAGACUGUGGUCUGGACAGCCAACAGAGACAAUCCUCCACUUCUUGGUGAUGUUAAAUUGAGCUUCACAAGCGACGGACGGCUGGUUCUGCUGACGGCACAAGGCAUGGAGACGGGGAACGCCGUAAAUACUACCGAAGGUGCAGCAGCGGCAUCAAUGUUGGAUUCCGGCAACUUUGUUCUCUAUAAUUCAGAUAACAGGACAAUAUGGCAGAGUUUCGACCAGCCAACCGACACCUUAUUACCAAGUCAGGAGCUCAAGGCUGACAAGACCGACGGUAAAGUGUUGUUUUCCAGUCGUUCGGACACCGACCACUCAAAAGGCAUUUUUCGUCUCAUAAUGCAACAAGAUGGAUGGCUGGCGAUGUACCCGGUUGGAACCAACUUCUCAGUUAAAUAUGGUUAUUGGAAUGAUGGUGGUGUUCCUGGAGGAAGAACUAAUGUUUCACUAAAUUUUGAUACUGAUGGUCGCCUCUACUUGCUCAAUGGCACCGGCAUAUCAAUAGUGAACAUUACAAAGGGAGGUCCAACAAAAGAGGUAAUCUAUCGUUUGAGAAUUGACCCUGACGGAACCUUGCGGCAUUACUCGCACAAUAUGGAUCAGAAUGGUGAUUGGAAAAUCACAUGGUUUGGUCCGAAUGAUACGUGUGCCCCUAAGGACGCUACCGGUCUCUGUCAGGAAUGUCUACCCGGAUUCAAACGUGUUAACCAAGACAGGUGCGUUUCAGGCUGUGAAAGAAAUUCCGAUUCUAAAAGUUGCAAAAGGAAAAAGAAGAAUCGAGUGGUGAUUCUGAUUAUUCUCGUUUCAUUGCUUUCAUUUGGAUGCAUUAUCUUGGCAAUUGCUGGAAUUGCAAUAUACAAAUAUCGUCGUUGGCUGUAUAGAAGCAUAUCUAACGCUCGUUGAUAUUUCAAAACUCCAUGUUUAGAAUAUGAAAAGGAAUUCUAUUGUUGAAAAACCAAGCCUAUCUUAAUAUUUGCUUCAGUGCUUUUGUCUC